UGCGUCCUGCCGCCCGGCGAUGAUAUUGAUGCUCCGAAUCAUGGUUUCUCGAAUCAAUUCCCUCUUAUUGUUCUAUUAUUCCCUCUCCACUUUCUCCAGCAUUACGUCGGGAUCUUGACCAAGGAACAGAUCAAUCUGCCGCCGAUGGGCGGAUUGUUCCUAGAAGACUCGGCUCCGGCAGCACUGGCUUCAUCAAUUUAUCCGAGGAAGAGUUCUGCCAGAACGAGUAUUCGGUGUUCUUCCCGGACGAGUCACCGGAGGGCGGUGAUCGGAGGCGGCUCCCGGCGGCGGCGCGGAAGAUUCAUGUCGGCGACGCUGUCAUCGAUUAACGAUGGUGGCAGCGGUGGUGAAGAGAGCUGCGGUGACGAUCAGCUUUCAGUGAGCGGCGUGUGGAAUUCAGGGGAGAGAGAGAAUGAUGGCGGUUUCGAAACGGCGUCGUUUAAGGAAGUUGGGAAGAAGGGACUAUUGAGAGGAGGCGGUGGGGCCACCUUGAACACUGCUAAGCAUCUCUGGGCCGGUGCUGUUGCCGCCAUGAUUUCGAGAACCUUUGUUGCACCAUUGGAGAGAUUAAAGCUGGAAUAUAUAGUUCGUGGUGAACAAAGGAAUCUUAUUGAGCUCAUUAAGUCGAUAGCAGCUUCCCAAGGGCUGAAAGGAUUUUGGAAAGGAAAUUUUGUCAAUAUUUUACGAACAGCACCAUUUAAGGCCAUCAAUUUUUAUACUUACGAUACAUAUAGAAACCAGCUGCUCAGAUUGUCUGGCAAUGAAGAGACGACAAAUCUUGAGAGAUUCGUUGCGGGUGCUGCAGCUGGAAUUACUGCUACAAUUCUCUGUAUACCUAUGGAUACUAUCAGAACAGUCAUGGUUGCACCUGGGGGAGAAAACUUGGGUGGAUUAAUCGGCACUUUCCACCACAUAAUCCAUACCGAAGGAUUCUUUUCUCUGUACAAGGGCUUGGUUCCCUCAAUCAUCAGCAUGGCCCCUUCUGGUGCCGUGUUCUAUGGAGUCUAUGAUAUAUUGAAAUCGGCUUAUUUACAUUCCCCACAAGGCAAACAGAGGCUUCAGCACAUGAAGCAACAAGGUGAAGAGUUGAAUGCUCUUGAACAACUCGAGCUGGGUCCCAUCAGAACUUUGAUGUAUGGGGCAAUUGCCGGUGCUUGUGCCGAAGCUGCUACGUACCCGUUUGAAGUGGUGAGGAGACAACUUCAGAUGCAAGUUCGUGGGGCGCAAAUGGGUGCUUUGCAGACUUGUUUGAAGUUAGUCAGGCAGGGUGGUGUCCCAGCAUUAUAUGCAGGAUUGGUACCGAGUUUAUUACAGGUUUUACCGUCAGCUGCCAUUAGUUAUUUGGUGUAUGAAUUCAUGAAGAUUGUUCUUAAAGUGGAGUAAAGAAAGACACCUGGAAAACAAUGUUGGAUUUGAUCGAACAGAAAUAUCAGAUUAUAAAACAUUCAGCCUGCAAACGGUACAGAUUCCCCUUCUUCUUUUUUUUUUUCCCUCCUUUUUGGUUCCUUUUUCUAGUUUAUUCUCUCUUUUUUGGGCGGGUUGGUGGUGGGUAGAGAAUUUCCCAUAUUUUUAGGACUUAACUACGAGAAACGUACCAUUGAAGCUGCAGUUGCAAAAAAGUCCAAGUAUCUUUAAGAAUUUUCAAAUAUACGUUUUCUAUUUACGAGUUGGACCUAUUUGACAAAGACUUUGUAGUCGUUAUUACACAGAUACCUUCUUGUAAUUAGGAUAAACUUCAGGGACAAACUUGUUAUGUGUUGCAUGAUUGUGAUCCCUUUAUUUUUUUUUUUUUUUUU